CUUCUCCAGAUGGUGCACACCUUGGCGAGCAAUGGGGCCAACUCCAUCUGGGAGCACUCGCUGCUGGAUCCGGCGCAGGUGCAGAGCGGGCGCCGGAAGGCAAACCCCCAGGACAAAGUGCACCCCACCAAGUCGGAGUUCAUCCGUGCCAAGUACCAGAUGCUGGCCUUUGUCCACAAGCUGCCCUGCCGAGAUGACGACGGUGUCACUGCCAAGGACCUCAGCAAGCAAUUGCACUCGAGCGUGCGGACGGGCAACCUGGAGACCUGCCUGCGCCUGCUCUCGCUGGGCGCCCAGGCCAACUUCUUCCACCCGGAGAAGGGCACCACACCACUGCAUGUGGCCGCCAAGGCCGGGCAGAUCCUGCAGGCAGAGCUGCUGGUGGUCUACGGCGCCGACCCCGGGGCACCCGACGUGAACGGCCGGACCCCCAUUGACUAUGCCAGGCAGGCAGCCCAGCACGAGCUGGCAGAGCGGCUGGUGGAGUGCCAGUACGAGCUGACCGACCGGCUGGCCUUCUACCUCUGCGGCAGGAAACCAGACCACAAGAAUGGGCACUACAUCAUCCCGCAGAUGGCUGACAGGGUGCGCCCAAAGUGCAUGGCACAGAGGUAUUGUCCGCUCGGCUCUUGGCUCCGGGGGCCCCCCAUGCCACUGGAGGUGGAGGACGAGGCUCUGUACUCCAUGCACAUCCCGGCCAGCGUGUACCGGAUCCGGAAAGGUCCAUCUGGCUCCUCGGUGCCCUUUCCCCCAUCCUCCCCGCUGCUCUCCUGCCAACCGGAUGGUGCCCGGCACAUGAGCAAGCUAGACCGGCACGGCAGCGGCACCGACAGCGACUACGACAACACGCAGGGGGGUGAGGUCCUGAUCAGCAUGGAGGGCAAGCGGUUUGUGGAGCUGAGCAAGGAUGAGGACUUCCCCCAUGAGCUGGACCCGCUGGACGGGGAGCUGGACCCUGGACUGCCCAGCACAGAGGACGUCAUCCUCAAAACUGAGCAGGUCACCAAGAACAUCCAGGAGCUGCUGCGGGCGGCACAGGAGUCCAAACAUGACAGUUUCGUGCCCUGCUCGGAGAAGAUCCACUCAGCUGUGACAGAGAUGGCAUCGCUAUUCCCUAAGAAGCCGGCUCUGGAGACGGUGCGGAGCUCCCUGCGGCUGCUCAACGCCAGCGCCUACCGGCUGCAGAGCGAGUGCCGCAAGACCGUGCCCCCCGAG